UUUUUAUUAAUACAACCAUUGUUAUUAUGUAUCGUCCUUCUCUUUAAUUACAAAAUGUGGCAUCAAACUGGAGCGAAUGAGUUGUCACUCAAGCACAAACUUAAACAAGAUUUGGAUAAUCCUCGCCCAUAUAUUGUGAAAAAAAACAAUCAGGCUUAAUUCAUGAUUGUGGAGAUGAUGUGCUGUGACAUGCUUCCCCCGACACACAGCUCGGUCUAAGAGAACACCGCAGAAAAUGUAACGUGUUAAAUGCAUGCCGAGGUAAUCGCAAUUCUCAACUACAAACUUUAGAAAAAGCACCACCUCAUUUGAACCUCCCACCUUCUCUUCUCCCCCUUAUCUGCACGUUCACUCUCAGCUCCUGACAUAUAAACUGACUGAACUCAAACUCAUGUUCUUCUUACUGCAGCCAUGAACGUGACGGCUCCCCUGCUGCUGCUGCUUCUCACUGCUUGUGCAGCCCGUGCUGCCCUGAUACCCAAGGCCUUAUGGCAGUUUGGGAAUAUGAUCUCCUGCAUUCAGCCUGGCGCCAACCCUCUAAUUUACAACAAUUACGGCUGCUGGUGCGGCUUCGGAGGAAGUGGCAGCCCUGUGGAUGAGUUGGACAUGUGCUGUAAAGUUCAUGAUAAAUGCUAUCAAGCAAGCAGAAAGCUUCCUGGAUGCUCGGGUAUCCUCAACCUUCCCCAUGUUCUGGUCUAUGACUACACCUGUUCAAAUGAACAAGUGACCUGCUCAGCUACCAACGAUAAGUGCCAGGCUGCCACAUGCAAGUGUGAUCGGGACGCUGCUUACUGCUUCGCUAAUGCCGAGUACAAUGCUGAAAACAAAAACCUGGAUCACAAAGUCCACUGCGUCAACUGAGUUGGAAAAAAACAAGCUAGAAAAGCUAGAAAGGCUGUCUUAUCUAAUUUGAAUUUCUGUGUAAUUUGAACACAAAAUGUGUAAAAGGGGUUUGAUUUUGUACAAUGACAUAAAUUUGAAUAAAAGUAGGCAAUUGAUUUGA